AUGGCCUAUGACCGCUAUGUGGCUGUAUGUAAGCCCCUACAUUACUCUACCAUCAUGACAUCAAAGAUGUGUUUUGGUCUAAUCAUUGGUUCUUAUUUCUGUGGCUUACUAAAUGCUUCCAUCCACAUUGGCUUCAUUUUCAGUCUCUCUUUCUGUGGUUCCAAUGUUGUGAAUCACUUCUUCUGUGAUAUUCCUCCAAUCUUGACUCUCUCUUGCUCAGAUAUCCGCUUCACUGAAUUAUUGGUUUGUAUAAUAGGAGCAUUCAAUAUGUCUUUUGCUAUUCUUGUCAUUGUGACCUCCUACCUCUCAAUCUUCAUUGCCAUUCUGAGGAUCCGCUCUACUGAGGGUCGUCAGAAAGCCUUCUUCACUUGUGCUUCUCAUAUCUUUGCAGUGUUCUUAUUCUUUGGGGCAACCAUCUACAUGUAUCUCCAACCCUCUUCAGUUCAUUCCAUGGACACAGAUAAAAUGGCCUCUGUAUUCUACACCAUGAUCAUCCCCAUGCUGAACCCUUUGGUUUAUAGUUUAAGAAACAAAGAUGUCAAAAAUGCUUUCAGAAAAGCUACUAGAGGAAAGAAUCAUUAG